UCCGCCACUGACCAUUAAAUUAUUUUCAUUCGAGAACAUUUCCUUUAAAAGUUAACUUUGACAAUUUACAAUGCUCUAUUGUUCCCUAAACUGUCAAUUUCAAACAUUCCCAAACAGUCCCCAAACGUUGUGUCUAUAAUACAGUUUUACCGGCCUCGGUGGUGUAGUGGUUAGGCCACCGAGGCCGGUUUUUUCUACAUCUAACGCCAUCAUCUUGAUAUCUCGUAGCGGGGUGUUGGUUUGUUGGUUUUGUUUUGUUUAACAACACCACUAGAGUACAUUGAUUUAUUAAUCAUCGGCAAUUGGAUGUCAAACGUUUGGCAAUUUGACAUUGCAUUAGGAAAAAUAUUUAUGGUAUUAUAAUUAAAACAUAAAGUUGACAGCUUGACUUGAAGCAUUUUCAAUACUGAAAAAAAAAAGACACUUCAUUGUUUAUGUUCAGGCUGAUAGUGACGUAAUAUCUUGCAUAAUCUCGCAAUACGUGCACACAGUAUUUAUCCCACUGCCCCCUUUCCUUUCUCUCCUUUUGAAUUCCAUCUCAUUUCUUCCCGAUUUGACAACUCCUCCUAUCUUUCAACUUCUUUCGCUGUCCACCUCCACAUCCCAGUCCUUGUCUCUUCAACCGCGACAUCAGUAAUUUCUAGCCUGUCUUCCACGUGUCAGAUUUGAUCUUAGACAGAAGCAGCGGCUGAGGUUGCAGCAUUAAAUGUAAAAUUAAAAUAUGUUGACACUGAAGCUAGCAAAAGAACAGAAUUAGACAAGUUGGAUACAGUAAAACAAUUAGAAAUGGCACAGGCAAAAUUAAAUGCUAUUGAACAAGUAGAGCAGGAAGAGACUAUUCAUUAUGAAAAGAAUGAUAAUAGUGAUUGGUAUCCACCUGUUGUCAGUGUAUCUAAGUCCUAUGAUAUUAAUAAGUAUGUGCGAGGCUACAUUCAGUCUAUUCCAGUGGAAAAUACACCAAGUCGCGUUGUAAAUGACCCAGAGUCCUUUUCAUCCACACAACUUAGUGCAUUAGCUAAAGAGUUCGUACCAGAAGAAAACUCUUCCCACAUGCUGGAAAUAGAACAAUUAACAAGUUCCUUGGCACAGAAAAUCAGCUUAGAGAGGCUUCUUCCUCCAGAACCAGGAAUAUUUAUUGGGAAUCCCCUGGCGUACCCUGCUUGGAAAGCAGCUUUUGAGACAUUGAUCGAAAGACAGGGAAUUCUAUCUGCUGAGCGGAUCUAUUACUUGAAACGAUACUUAGAUCGUUUAGCAAUGGAAUCUCUGGAUAGAUAUAUUCUAUUGUCCACAGAUGAAGCAUAUGAACAAGCCAGAACUUUGCUUGACAAAUGUUUUGGGAAUUCAUUUAUCGUUACCAAUGCCUUUCGUGAUAAAUCGUAUAAGAGGUCGUGAUGGUGUUGCACUAAGAAGAUUUGCCGAUUUUCUGCGACAGUAUCUUACACAUAGUUUGAAUGUGUUGAACGAUGAUUACGAGAAUCAAAAACUUCGUCUAAAAUUGCCGUCUGCAGAUGGAGAAGAAUUGUGGUUGAGUGGCGGAAUAAGCAUCAGGCAUUUCCCCCAGUUUGUAUCCUUUAUUGUUAAGGAAGCAGACAUUGCAUGUGACCCAGUUACAGCUUUUCUCUCGAAAAAAACCCCAACAAAAAACAAAAAAAACAAGACUGAAUUAGAACAUAAUGUUUGUUACAAAUGCGUGAGACUCACGCCAAAUGCGUGAGAGUUGACAGGUAUGAAUACGUAACAUAUAAUACUGCAAAAUUGGUGGCGCGCGUGUUUUAAUAACGUAUAAGAAAAAGUUAG